AAUUCAUCUUCUUCACUGCCACUCUUUUCCUUCUUUACGUUUCUCAAAACCUCAAUCAAUCUCAUUGCUCUCUUUUAAUAUGGAGAAUGUUUGGCGCACUUUCUUCUAGAAUUUCAGUGCUAUUUCAACAAUCACCGCAGAAGGGAAGGAAAGUGACAACCUUUUCGGAGCAAAUUCGAUGCUAAAUUGAUGCUAAAAACGACCUACCGAUAGCAGGGUAUCAUGAUUUGAAUCUUUGAAGCAAAACUUAAUGGACUGUGGAUCGUCUCUUCUUCCGUAUAUAUGGUGCUUCGAGGCAUUGGCAUGCUCUAAUCGUGUGGAGGCAUCUCUUUUACUAGAUUUGCUUAGGAAGACACCACAAAUUAGCAAGGAUAUUGGGAAAAAUGCAAGGGAACGGGGGUCACUGAAAUUUCUAGAGAGUUUAUCCAUUCAUGGAGCUUGUGCAAAUUCUGUAUCGUCUGCCUCGAGGGAAAAAGUUAUUAUUGAUCCAUCUGACCGUUGCGAAGAUGUACUGCGACAAAUAUUGAGCGAGAAAUCUUUAUCGGAUCUGAAAGCUGCUGGACCAGAGAUAUCGAAGUGGGAUCUCAAGCCCUUCAUAGAGCAUCAAAAAUCUAACUUGCCUAGAUAUGCUCUGAAACAGCUGAAGGAUGCAAUUCUUACAGGAAGCCCAUCUAUUCCGUCAUAUAUAAGAGAACAAAGUGGUUUGCCAGUUGGGAGUCAUGCGGAGCCUCAAGCCCCGGCAGAAGAUGGUAAUUGCUAUGGAAGUUCGCCUGGAGCCGAAAGCCACACUGAUGAUGGUAGCCCUUUGCCGAGGGAUUUGCCUGAUGAAAACUUAGUACCGAGGAAAAAGAGAUCGAAUGAAGGUCCAGCUGAACAGUUGUGUAUAACCCGCGUAAGCCCCGUCAAGAAGAAUAAGGUUUCUCAUUGUGACAAUGGACGGAAUAACAAACCUGAGGAGCAGCAGAGGCAAGAACUGAACAUUGAAGAAGAAGGUGGCAAGAAUGAAGCCCAUGACCUCAAAACAACUAAUGAUGAUGUCAAUGGUGGACUUGAGCUACAUAUGGAAAAUGUUGAUGCAGUGGAAGAAAAAUCUCAUGUUUCUGAUGAUAAUGAUGGUAACGAUGAUGGCAAGACUGACACUGCUAGGAAGCAAAAGGCUUUGCACAGUCUUCAGUGCACUUCCAGCCAAGAUUCUUUGGAAACAACUAAUAGUGGAGCUCAAAAUCUUUUAGCAGAUGCAUCUAAAAGAUACAGUAAAGAAAAGUGCAGCUUAGAGAAAGAAACUUGUGUAGAGGUCAUGAAGCAAAAUGGAUCUGCUGGGAAUGGUAAUAGCCAGGGUAAUUCAAUAAAGGACCUUCACGUUUUGCCCCAUCGUGGUACUGGAGUACUGAAUGAAAAUUUUGAUGUCGCAAUGCAAAAUAACGAGGAUGAAACCAGGGAAAAUGACAUGAAAGGUUUCCAUGGGCUCACAUCGAUUCACGAGGACAUUUAUAAGGAUGACCAAAAUGUUCAUAGAACUGUCAGAACUGUUGGUGAAGCUGAAGCUGGUGUACAUAUUUCCAGUGAUGAUGAUGGAUAUCAGGACGAGGAGGCAGCUAUUUCCACUCAGAAGGAAACAUAUUUGAGCUAUCAUUUGACAUGUAGUCAAAAUUCAUUAGCAACAAACGAUGGAAGAGAACUACAUUUUUGUAUGAAAUGUCACAUGGGUGGAGAAUCUGGACAAAUGUUGUCUUGUAUUUCUCCUGCGUGCCCUUUAAUGAUUCAUGAGAGUUGUUUGGAUUCAGAUGUGAGCUUUGACACAAGGGAGACAUUUUACUGCCCGUUUUGUGCAUAUUCUCGGUCGAUAUCCAAGUAUAUGGAAGUUAAGAAAUCUGCCUUCUUGGCAAGAAAGGACCUUGCAACAUUUUUUUCCUUGGGGCCGCAAAAUGAACCAAACAUACAGACCUGUAAAUCAGUUGGGAUGGAUGGAAAUUGUUUGAAACAAAAUGAAGGGUUGCCUAAAAGUAAUGAACCGAAAGAAAUAAAUAUUGUGGAGAAGGUAUUGCUGGACCUGGAAUAUGAGCAGGCAGGGAAUUCAAAGUUGCAUGCUGAUUUCAACCCUCCAUUUGGAAGAAAAACAGCAGACUCAACUGAUAAAUUAGUUCAUAGUUUUAAAACGGUUAAGCAAGAUAUGGAAGGAUCUAGGCAAAAAUCCCAACGCCUGGCAGGUUGCAGACCGAAACCCAUUGCUGCAGAGGCAGUUCGUAACUCUCCGAGUGAAACUGUGGCCUCAGAGACAAGUGGGAGUGCAAAGCAUGCUGAUGUCAGAUUCAAAAAGGGAGUUCCACGCCCACCAGAAAAAAAUUUACCUUGUGAGCAUUUAUGCUCACAAAGCUCUCAAUCAAAUUAUGCAGAUGACUUAUCUGAAGAAGAGAAUGAGGAUUCUGGACCUUCCAAGCGUCGUUUAAGGUUUCAAAAACAAAAAAGGCAAAACUUGCACCCAGCAAUUCCUCAAUUGAAGAGGCGAAAACUCCUGUGGACAAGUGAAGAAGAAGACAAAUUGAAGGAGGGGGUGCACAAACAUCAUCACACUGGUUUUAACAUCCCAUGGACAACGAUUUUGGAAGAGGGUAAACUUACGUUCCAUCCAAGUCGUACUCCCGUAGACCUAAAAGAUAAAUGGAGGAACAUGUGUAACGCCAACUCAAAAUCCAAGAUGAGAGUUUGCUGAUGAAUUGUGGUUGAAUAUACUUUUGCUUCUAGCUUUGUUAGAAGGGCCUAUGUUUUUUAUUUUUGAACUGUUAUGCUUCUUUUGCUUGUAAUUAAACGUUGAGGAUAAUUUGGUACUAUCACUUUAGUGUG